AUGCGUUUCGCCGUCUCCGCCGCUGCCAUCCUGGCCUUUGUCAGCUCCGCGCUGGCCCAGAACCCGACCGCCGACUUCGACUCGGUCAGCAAGCCGGAGAAGAACGAGAACGUCGCCGCCGGCUCGACCUACGUCGUGACCUGGACCGCCCCCGCCAAGUACUCGGGCAAGGUCUCCAUCUCCCUGCUCGGCGGCAACGACCCCAGCACUCUGCAGGUCGUCGACACCGUUGCCACUGGUGUUGACAACGCCGCCGGCAAGUACUCGUGGGCUGUCGGCAAGUCCCUGGGCUCUGCCAAGACCUACGGCCUCAAGUUCGUCUACGAGUCCGACCAGUCCAUCUUCCAGUUCUCCCAGCCCUUCCAGAUCACCGGCGGCGUCGCCAGCUCCUCCGGCAGCAGCUCGGCCACCGGCUCGUCCUCCGCCUCCAGCUCCGCGACCAGCAGCAGCGCCAGCACCACCAUGUCCACCACCUCGUCCGCGUCGUCCUCGUCCUCGUCGUCUGCUGCCCCCAGCACCACCGUCGUCAAGACCACCUCUGUCAGCAACUCGACCGUGACUACCGGCGCCAAGACCACCCUCGCCACCCAGACGUCCGCCGGCACGAGCGCCUCGGGCACCUCCAAGCCCAGCACCAUUCCCACCAACGGCGCCGGCCGCGUCGCCGCCGGCUCUCUGGCCCUGUUCGCCGGUGUCGCCGCUGCCGUCUUUGCUCUGUAA